AUGUUGGUGCUAAACUGCUCCACCAAAUUAUUCAUGCUGGAGAACAUGUUGAAGAGUCACUUUCCUGAAUCACUCAAGGUUUAUGGAGCAGUGAUGAACAUAAAUCGUGGAAAUCCCUUUCAAAAGGAAGUGGUAUUGGAUUCAUGGCCAGACUUCAAAGCUAUCAUCACCCGGCGACACAGAGAGGCUGAGACAGAUAACCUUGACCAUUACACCAAUGCAUAUGCUGUAUUCUUCAAAGAUAUCAGAGCUUACCAACAGCUAUUGGAAAAACAUGAUGUUAUUAACUGGGACCAAGUUUUUCAAAUACAAGGGUUGCAAAGUGAAUUAUAUGCUGUUUCCAAAGCCGUUGCCAAAGCAAGGUUGUUAGAUUUGGAUAUAAAGUUGGCUUCCUUCAAGGCUGUCCAUUUUUCUCCUGUUUCAUCUGUGCCAGACCACAGUUUCCUAACCGGUUCAACCCCGAGACUGACCUACCUGAGUGUCUCAGAUGCUGAUCUUCUCAACCGGACUUGGUCACGUGGUGGCAACCAGCAGUGCCUGCGGUACUUGGCCAAUCUCAUCGCCUCCUUUCCCAGCGUGUGCGUGCGUGAUGAGAAGGGAAACCCAGUGUCCUGGAGUAUCACAGAUCAGUUUGCCACUAUGUGUCAUGGCUACACCCUGCCUGACCAUCGCAGGAAAGGUUACAGCCGACUGGUGGCCCUCACGCUUGCCAGGAAGUUGCAAAGCCGGGGAUUCCCUUCCCAGGGAAAUGUCCGGGAUGACAACCUGGCUUCCAUAAAACUGCUGAAGAGUGUCCAAGCUGAGUUCUUGCCUUGUCGUUUCCACAGGCUUAUUCUGACCCCUGCAGCUUUUUCUAGACAAGCUCACCUUUAG